GUGGUGGUGGUACACGGUCAAACCCCAGAAUUUUCUUUGCGGCGGCUAUCGUGCUGUACCUAGUCAGUAGUCACCAGUCAGUAAGCCGUAGGAAUCGUGGUUAUCUCGGAUAGAACCUGGCCACCCAUUGUGAGACAUCAACCCUGCCAACCUACUAUUUAACCCGCGCUUCCUCCGGGGUCUCCCUCUAGUCCUUCAUUUCCAACCAUCACUCUUUUUCCCCAUCCCGCUCAAUCGCUAGUAUUAUUCCCUCGCUUUUGCAAAUCAUCUGCCAUCAUGCGUUUCACCUAUGCCGUGUCUCUCCUGCCUCUGGCUGCUUUCGUUGGCGCCCUCGAGGUGACUUCCCCCACCAAGGGUGAGGAUGUCGACCUGUCCGACUCUUUCACUGUGAAGUGGAGUUCUGUCUCGACCGAUCCCUCUACCUUCGAUCUCUACCUGGUCAACAACGCCGUCUACCCCAGUGUUGAGCAGAAGAUUGCUUCCGACGUGGACACCUCCAAGGGAUCCUACACCGUGACCGGUCUGUCGGGCAUUAGCGACGGCAAGGGUUACCAGAUCAACCUUCUUUCCGAUUCCACCCAGAACAGCGGUAUCCUUGCGCAAUCCCAGCAAUUCAACGUCGAGGGAUCCAGCUCUUCUUCCUCGACUGCUAGCGCUUCCACCACCAGCGCUUCCACUUCUUCCUCUUCCUCCUCCACCGGCACCACCACCGCCACCACUAUCUCUACUACUGGGUCCUCUGCUCGUGCUUCCGCCACCGCCAGCUCCUCCGCCAACGGCACCUCCACCACCGCCCCUCAGUCUACCGGCGCUGCUGCCUCUCUCUCCGCUCCUAUCUCCGCUGCUGCCGGCUUGUUGAUGGGUCUGUUGGCCAUUAACUUGUAAAUACCGACAUGAGGAGCGGUCCGAAUUGCAACCGAAGACUUAUAGUCUACUGAAAUUGAUUCCCCUUCAACAAUAACAACAAUAACAACAAUACUAUUCUGUGGUCGCGCUUGUGUGUAUUAUAGCUAGCUUAUCCACAUACCUUACCUAUCUAUAUAGUACCUUAAUGAUAUCGCAUC